GCCCUCGGUGCUCCAGCUUGUUAAGAACCUCUUUGGGCUCAGGCAGAGCGUGCAGGAGGUCCCAGAAACCAGAGCAGAUGCACAAGAGAGUGGGGACGUCAGGGACCUAGAAGAAAACAGCUCCCUGGUGCCUGCUGGGGCUGAGUCUGAGACCAGCGAGCCAGCGGCCAAAGAGCUAACGGGCGACCACCCGACCGAUGAGCCCCGUGGAGAUGCAACAGGCGACCGCAUGGAGGAGAUCCUUGGAGAACUGAAGAAUAUCAGUCUUGGGGGAGCCCCUUCCAGCCAUGGCAGGAAAUCCCCUCCUAUGCUGGACCCCAGUGGCAUGGAGAUGGCAGACUCCGGUGGCUUUGUCAACACUGCUGUGGGCAAAGAUAAAACAGCCCAGGAUCUAUGCAGCGGAAUCUCUGGCAGAGAGGCAGAGAGGGUGGGAGAAGCUUCUGGUGACACUGGAACAUGGGGAAAGGCUGGAAUCUCCCAGGUUCUGCGUGCUGACAACGAAGGAAUCACACUGACUGCAGGACCCCUGGCAAUGACCCCCAAGGACUUCCAUGCCAAGGAGGAGAGAGAGUGCCUCCUGAAAGAGGAUCUAAAUGGAGGAUCUCCGAAGGCAGAGCUGUCUCCAUGGAACAAACUCAUCAACAUGUACAAGCAGCGACGGAAGCUUCCUGUUCCUAAGGAAAACCCAGUGCAGCUGGAAAUGGAAGAGGGAUCCACUCUGAAUCUAACUGUUUAUGAAUUUGCAACACCUGAGCCUCAUCUCAUCUCUUCAAAAUCUUCCAGUACUGCCCUGAUCUAUAG